GAUAAUUAAAUAUAAAACCUGUGUCUCAUUCCCCUUUUUCCUCCUCGUUUAUAGCAUCUGUUGAAUGUUCAGCUAGUCUUCCCGAGUUGAACCGACACCGAAGCUGUGCAGCUCUUCUAGCCAAGCGGUUUCCAUUUACCUCAGUCAUGGCUAGUUACCAUAAACCCGACGAGAAGACCCUGCAGGGGCUGAGAGACAUCGCUAACAAGCUGCGGAUCAACUCCGUCAAGGCAACAUGCGCCUCCAACUCCGGUCACCCCACCACAUGUUGCAGUGCAGCAGAGCUCAUGUCCGUGCUGCUCUUCCACACGAUGCGGUACAAAGCUGCUGACCCACGUAACCAGUGUAAUGACCGCUUCGUGCUGUCUAAGGGUCACGCUGCACCAAUCCUGUACGCUGCCUGGGCGGAGGCGGGCUUUGUGAAGGAGGCUGACCUGGUCAACCUGAGGAAGCUGGACUCUGACCUGGAGGGUCACCCCACACCUAAACUGGAGUUUGUUGACGUGGCAACGGGUUCUCUGGGACAGGGGCUGGGGGCUGCCUGCGGGAUGGCUUACACCGGGAAACACUUCGACAAGUCCAGUUACCGUGUGUACUGCAUGCUGGGUGACGGGGAGUGUUCGGAGGGGGCUGUCUGGGAAGCCAUGGCCUUUGGUUCCCACUACAACCUGGAUAACCUGGUGGCUAUUAUCGACGCGAACCGCCUGGGACAGAGUGAAGCUGCUCCUCUCAAACACGACAUGGACGUAUACCGCAAACGCUGCGAAGCAUUUGGGUGGAACACGUAUGUGGUGGAUGGUCAUGAUGUUGAGGAGCUGUGUAAAGCGUUGUGGCAGGCCCAGCAGGUGAAGGGAAAACCCACCAUGAUCCUGGCCAAGACCUUCAAGGGUAGAGGACUCAAAGGCAUUGAGGACAUGGAGUACUGGCAUGGUAAACCCAUGCCUAAGGACCGGGCCGAGGAGGCGAUUAAAGACUUGGAGGCUCUGAUUCAGAACCCCAACAAGACCAUCUGCCCCGAGCUUCCUAAAGAAGAUACCGCCCCCGCUGACCUUUCACCUAUCAGCCUGCCCUCCCCGCCUAACUACAAGAUUGGGGAUAAGGUGGCUACUCGUAAGGCGUAUGGCGUGGCCCUGGCUAAACUGGGUCAGUCCAGUCAGAGGGUGGUCGCUCUGGACGCUGACAUGAAGAACUCGACCUUCUCUGAGAUGUUUCACAAGGCCUUCCCUGAACGCUUCGUGGAGUGCUUCAUCGCUGAACAAAACAUGGUGAGCGUGGCGAUUGGCUGUGCCACGAGAGACCGCACAGUGGCGUUUGCCAGCACCUUCGCUGCCUUCCUGUCCAGGGCCUACGACCACAUCAGAAUGGCCGCUGUCUCGGAGUCUAACAUCAACUUGGCUGGUUCUCACUGCGGCGUCUCCAUCGGUGAGGAUGGCCCCUCCCAGAUGGCGUUGGAGGACAUUGCUAUGUUCCGCGCUAUCCCAACAUGCACUGUGUUCUACCCCAGCGACGGCGUCUCUGCUGAGAGGUCUGUGGAGUUGGCUGCUAACACCAAGGGAAUCUGUUUCAUUCGCAUCACCAGACCAGAACUGAAAGUGAUCUACGACCCCGACGAGAAGUUCGAGGUGGGCGUGGCCAAGGUGGUACGUCAGUCGGACAGCGACAAGGUGACGGUGAUUGGAGCUGGAGUGACACUGCAUGAAGCCCUGGCUGCUGCUGACCAGCUGGCCAGCGAGGGAGUGAACAUCCGUGUGAUUGACCCGUUCACCAUCAAGCCCCUGGAUGCUGCCACCAUCGUGUCGAGCGCCCGCAUCACCGGAGGGAGAAUCAUCACCGUCGAGGACCACUACAGAGAGGGGGGUCUCGGGGAGGCGGUGCUGUCUGCAGUAGGGGAGGAGCCUGGUAUCGUAGUGACCCGCCUGGCGGUGAACCGGAUCCCACGGAGUGGAAAACCUCAGGAGUUACUGGACCUGUACGGCAUCAGCGCCAAACACAUCGUCGACUCCGUGCGCCAGACCUUCGCCAACUGAGACGGUGGUCGUCUCAUCGUUUGUCUCCCAAAAUGGCACCCUAUAUUCCCUACGUAGUGCACUACUUUUGACCAGGUUUCCUAUUUGGGCUAGUGCACUAGAUUGGGAAUAGGGUGCCAUUUGGGGGACGUCUCUUUCCCUUAAGUCUGUACACAUUUACCAACUUCAUGUUCUCUGUCUCUCUGUCUCUGUGUCUCUCUGUCUCUCUGUCUCUCUGUCUCUCUGUGUCUCUGUGUCUCUGUGUCUCUGUGUCUCUGUGUCUCUGUGUCUCUGUGUCUCUGUGUCUCUGUGUCUCUCUGUCUCUCUGUCUCUCUGUCUCUCUGUCUCUGUGUCUCUGUGUCUCUGUGUCUCUCUCUGUCUCUCUCUGUCUCUGUGUCUCUGUGUCUCUCUCUGUCUCUCUCUGUCUCUCUCUGUCUCUCUCUGUCUCUCUCUGUCUCUCUCUGUCUCUCUCUGUCUCUCUCUGUCUCUCUCUGUCUCUCUCUGUCUCUCUCUGUCUCUCUCUCUGUGUCUCUCUCUGUCUCUCUCUGUCUCAAACCCCCUACUUCCCUCCCAUCUACCACUAGUGUUAAACAGAACAGGGCUGUCUAGCGCCCCUUGUGGCUGGAAGGCAGAGUGCAGCUCUGUCCUGCUGUACUGUAUAGUGUUGCAGCAGCAGAGCCAAUAGGCCAGCUCUCAGCGGGGAGGGAUAAGUGGAUGGUAAUAUGCAGUAAUGUUUCUAGAUAAACUCUUUACCCACCUUAAUGCAUCCUCCUUCUAAUCAACCGUCUAAUUUAGUUUUCUGCUAAACUGUAAUGGAGCAAUAAGGCCUGAAGGGGUUUAUGAUAUAUGGCCGAUAUACCACGGAUAAGGGCGGUUCUUAGGCACGACAUAUUGCAGAGUGUACAGCCUGGAUACAGCCCUUAGCUGUGGUAUAUUGGUCAUAUAUCAUAACCCCUGAGGUCUUACUGCUGUUUAUUAAUGUAACAGUAAAAUGACAUGUUUGAUCAUAGCUGUGGUAUAUUGGUCUGGUUCCACGGCUUUCAGGGCUCGACCACCUGCUUUCUAGUCCCCCUUGAUGUUAGUGAUGUAGCUGACUGACGGUUACUGUAGGGGGUCAGUCCCAUAUGGCGUACCGUUCACGAUCUAGGGAAGUGGAUCUGGGGCCCAUCUUGGGUAUAGGAGGAGGUUUGUUUUGAGCUUGUGGUGUUCUCUGCUCGUCCAGACGAUGCUGAACUCUCUGUUUCAAAUGAAACUAAAUGUGUUUCUGUUCACAUCUUUCUGUUUCUCGGUUGGUCUCUUUUACAUUCCAGCUGCUAACAGUCAUCUUCAUCUCGUUCCAUGUGUUCUAAUGGUUCUGCAUUCCAUGUGUUCUAAUGGUUCUGCAUUCCACGUGUUCUAAUGGUUCUGCAUUCCAUGUGUUCUAAUGGUUCUGCAUUCCAUGUGUUCUAAUGGUUCUGCAUUCCAUGUGUUCUAAUGGUUCUGCAUUCCAUGUGUUCUAAUGGUUCUGCAUUCCAUGUGUUCUAAUGGUUCUGCGUUCCAUGUGUUCUAAUGGUUCUGCGUUCCAUGUGUUCUAAUGGUUCUGCGUUCCACGUGUUCUAAUGGUUCUGCGUUCCACGUGUUCUAAUGGUUCUGCGUUCCACGUGUUCUAAUGGUUCUGCGUUCCACGUGUUCUAAUGGUUCCGCCUGCUUGAUAAUGAACCUCUCCGUAGCGCUGUUAGACACCAUGCCAGCUCCACCAGGAACUGAAUGGUUCAUAGCCUUAAUUAGCAGUGAAACUGAUGCAGGAAAUUUACAUUCAAUGGACCUGAGUUCUAUGUAAUGACUUGUUGUAAACGUUAAACUGCUAUAUGACCUACUGUGUUCUUCUAGGCUGGUUGUGGUGAUGACCUGGCUCGUGUUGCUUUCUGGGUAUUAUCUGACCUCUCGUAUCUCUGCACAGUCAUGUCUGAUGCUGCCAGUCAAUGGUUGGUUGGUUUGCGUUGCCAUGGUAAUGCUAAAAUAAUAAACUACAACUUGACCCAA